AUCCACAAAUUCCACGUACAAAAGUUGCCCAUGCACCUGAGAGCAAACGCCUCAACUCGCAGCACCAUGAGUCUACUCACCAUCCUCGCCUCGGCCUUCCUCCUGGCCACCACCUCGCCUUCCUCUGUACUUUCAGCAAGUGCAAGGCGGAGCAUUCUACGGAGCGGCGACUCCAUCGCCGUGGAGGACGGUCCUGGCCACGCUCUAGUGUCGCUGAGCGGCAACUUCUCGUGUGGCUUCCACAAGGUGGCCACCAACGCCUACACGUUCGCCAUCUGGUUCACCAGCUCGGCCGAUGCCACGGCCGCGUGGACGGCCAACCGCGACGCCCCCGUCAACGGCAGGGGCUCGCGUGCCGAGUUCCGCAAGGAUGGGUCCCUGGUGCUGCAAGACUUCGACGGCCGGGUCGUGUGGAGCACGAACACCAGCGGCACGCAGGCCGACAUCGUGCAGCUCCUCGACACCGGCAACCUCGUCGUGGCCAACGCAUCCGGGUGCCCGCUGUGGCAGAGCUUCGACUGGCCGACCGACACGCUCCUCCCGGAGCAGCCCAUCACUCGGUACAAGCGGCUGGUGUCGGCCUCCGCCAGGGGCUUGCCGUACUCCGGUUACUACAACUUCUACUUCGACAGCGACAACCUGCUCAACCUCAUGUACGACGGCCCCGAGAUCAGCAGCAACUACUGGCCGGACCCCUUCAACAAGUGGUGGGAAAACAACCGGACGGCGUACAACAGCAGCCGUUACGGCAGCCUCGACAAGUACGGCGGCUUCAUGGCGAGCGACCACAUGCAGUUCAACGCUUCCGACAUGGGCGAAGGCGUCAUGAGGCGGCUGACACUGGACUACGACGGCAACCUCCGGCUGUACAGCCUCGAUGCGACUGACGGGAGCUGGCACGCCACGUGGGUCGCGCUCCCGCGGCAGUGCGACGUGCACGGGGUGUGCGGCCGCUACGGCGUGUGCGCGUACCGGCCGGGGCUGGCGUGCUCGUGCCCCGAGGGGUUCGUGGCCAGCGACGCGAGCGACUGGAGCAAGGGGUGCCGGCGCCAGAUCGACGUCCGGUGCGGCGAGGCGGUCUACUUCGCGGAAAUGCCGCAAGUCGACUUCUGGGGGUUCGACUUCAACUACACCCCCGGGCUCACCUUCGAGACGUGCCGACAGAUAUGUCUGGACGACUGCAACUGCGAGGCGUUCGGGUACAAGAAGGGCACCGGCAAGUGCUACCCCAAGAUUUCUCUGUGGAACGGCCGGGCUCCGGACACCCUGCAAAGCAUCUAUCUCAAGGUCCCGAGUCGUGUCAAGAACCUGAACCCGAGCGUGCUGGACUUCCAUGGCCAUGCCUGCGCCGUGCAAGAACAGAACACCAACGUCAGCUCCUCCUACCUGCAUGUCAGUGGCAACAAGAUAAACUUCGUCUACUUCUACUGGUUUCUCGCGGUAGUGUUCGUCGUGGAAGCCAUUUUCAUCGUCGUUGGGUAUCUGUUCGUGUUCCGAGCUGACCCAGCCGCAGGACGGGUCCGCGACGAAGAAGGCUACGCCCUGCUGUUCAGCCACUUCAGGAGGUUCACCUACGACGAGUUGUCGAACGCAACUUGCAAGUUCAGAGACGAGCUCGGGAGGGGCGCAUCAGGGGCCGUGUACAAGGGCGUCUUGGACGACGGACGGAGCGUCGCCGUGAAACGGCUGGAAGAGCUGACGCAGGCCGACGAGGUGUUCCGGUCGGAGCUGAGCGUCAUCGGCCGGAUCAACCACAUGAACCUGGUCAGGAUGUGGGGCUUCUGCUCCGAGCACCCGCACAGGCUCCUGGUUUCUGAGUAUGUCGAGAAUGGCUCGCUGGACAAGGUCCUCUUCGAUACCGAGAGCACCGAGUUCGCAUUAAAAUGGUAUUCAAGGUACAAGAUUGCCGUUGGCGUCGCCAAGGGGCUGGCCUACCUCCACCACGAGUGCCUUGAGUGGAUCGUGCACUGCGACGUGAAGCCGGAGAAUAUCCUGCUGGACGCCGAGCUGGAGCCCAAGAUCACCGACUUCGGGCUGGUGAAGCUGCUGAGCCGGGACGCGUGCGGCCGGCUGGUGCUGUCCCGGGUGCAGGGCACCAGGGGCUACAUCGCGCCGGAGUGGGCGACGAGCCUCCCGAUCACGGGGAAAACCGACGUGUACAGCUUCGGCGUCGUGCUCCUCGAGCUGCUCAGGGGGCAGAGGGUCUGCGACUGGGUGGUGGACGGCAGGGAGGAGGAGGUGCGCAUGGAUUUCCAGCGGCUGGUCGCCUGGCUCAAGGAGAAGAUGGAGUGUGCAGAGGAGCAGUCGUCGUGGCUGGAGGAGUUCGUUGAUGCGAGGUUGUACGGUGAUUUCAGCCAUUUGCAGGCGGCGGCAAUGCUGGAGCUGGCGGUUUCGUGUUUGUAUGACGAUCCCAACAGGAGGCCGAGCAUGAACGCCGUUCUACAAAAGCUCCUCUCGCUGGAAGUGGAAGACGCAGUGUCUAUGCGCUACGCGUGACAUGUCUCUUGUUACUAUCAUCUAGUUUUGAAUGGAGCCAACAAAGCUAUGUUUGUGAUGUAGCUGUAAAUGAGUGUUAACAUAAAAAAAUGGUAUGCGUAC